CAAAGGGAGCAUGAAAAUUUAUCCAAAUGAACACUCAAAAGUGUUGUUCUCACUGUCCAGGAAAAUUGGUCUCUCAAAGGACCAACGAGUUCCACGAAUGUUGUCAGCCAAACUAUGUUACCGGAAGUUUAAAAGUGUCCUCCCUGAAGAAACGCGUACCAGAACCUUUUAAUAAAAAGAAGAUGAAGAGAAGCACCCCGUCACCAGCUACUCAAUGUUACGAUCAGUUCGCUCUAGCGAAGAGGCUUCACGCUGAAAAUCUGCAGCAUCAACCUCUUCCCGACAAGGUUCACGACUCCGUCUUCAAGAACCCUGGUCUUUGUCGCCGACUGUCUUCAGGAAGAUACUGCGAAUGUUGCGAGGGAUCUAAAAACGACUGUAAGAAGUUGAGCAAACGUUAUGGACCAGUUCUAGGCUGCAAGGAGCCCAAGACGAAGAUGGAUCUCGCGAUCUGCUGGGAGACCCCGGUGGACCCUGUCUACGAACCAUCGAGACCCACUCACAUCGACGGUUCGGAAGGUGGUCUGGCCCCAGCAAUCUUCUCUCUGGUAGAACACGCGUCUAAGAGCACCGCAGAAAUCCUUCGACCUAGGUCCACCAAGAAUGAGGAUGGUUCUAGCUGUCGCAGAGAAGAACGCGACUUAAAUCCUCCCAGGAAUGAACACGUAGAUCAGAUGAGGAAAUGUUGUUGCGAGUGCCUGUGCAAAGGUUUAGAUGGACUGCAUAUUUCUAAGAAGAGUGAAGGUGAACCGCAUUCGAGGAGAUCUUUCAGGAAGUGCUCAGCUUGCGAGUCGAAGAACAAAGACGAUCCUAGGUUAAUUAGGUCGGCUGUGGGACUGGCGUUGGGACUGGAGAAAAAUGGAGAUGGUCAGAAGAGGAAUGAUGGUAAAAUUGUGGUACCAAGACCGAGGACUCCUUUUGCUAAGAGGUCGUUUUGUAUAGAUACCUUGGCGCCUCCGUUCAGUGUCGUGAACGGGUGCAGGGACGCUGAUUAUCCGGAACAUUGGAGACUCAUGUCGGUUUACCAGCAGUCUUAUAAGAAUCCGUAUAGAAGGAGGAGUUACCGUUGUUAGAUUAUGAAAGUGAUUGAUCAAGGUUCAAGGCCAUGAUUUAUCAAGGUUCUUCAAGAUUCGACGCUUCGUCAAGAGUAAGGGUGUACUUCAGAUGUUCAAAGGCCACGUUCUGCAAACGAUUGAGUAGGUCCGGAUACGGCGA